AUGGCUCUUCAUGCCAGCCUGGCGACACCUGCUCCACCAGCCGCCUCAAUAUGGUCCCCAGAUUGCAUGUGUGAGCCCUGGGAGCUUCUGGCCGUCGACUUCGGGACCGUCUCCGGGCAAACUUCCGACGAAGAAAGCCUUUGCAGCGGCGACAGCGAGAGCGUUCGCACAGAAACCGACUGCAGCGGCGCAGAGGACGCUGUUGACGACUUUCCUAUCGAUCCAGCGGAGUGCGCUCGCGCCAUCCAAUGGCCUGCAGUGACUGCGGGUCCCACGAACGCGGAAGUGGCUGACGUGGCAGUAAUGGAGGAGGUGGCUGGGGGGGCAGCAGCAGCCGGGGGGGGGAAGGGGAAGGAGAAGCGGUGGGGUUACAAGCGGCCUUUCUGCCAAGUGACCCUUCAACUGGAGGAGAUCGAGCAGGACAUCUCGCUUAUAUCAUGCGCGAAGAGGCGACGUCGGCAGCAGCAGCAGCAGCAGCAGCAGCAGCAACAUCAUCAGCAGCAGCAGCACGUGAAGGAGCAGCGGCAGAGGCAUGGGAAGUAUGCAUAUGCGGGCGUGGGGGGUCGGCGAGAGGACGACGCUGCCGCUGCAGCUGACGAUGACUGUGAAAUGAGCGACCUGCAGCGAUGCGCCAUCCUGCUGCUGCGCCUGAGGAACCACAGCAUCGGCAGCUUCUUCAGCUCACCAGUGGCGUCCUCGGAUCUCUGGCCGGAAGAUGCCCGGCGCUGCUAUGCUGCCACGGUCGACCGCCCAACAGACCUCUCCGUUAUACAGGCGCGGCUGAGCUCGGGGUACUACGCGGACCCGCCAUCGUUCGUGGACGAUGUGCGCGCUGUGUUUGCCGAUGCCACACGCUGCCUCCCCGCCGGAUACUGCCUCCGAGCUCAUGCCCUGUCCCUAUGGCAGAUGUUCGAGGCGGAUGUGGGCCACUUCCGCAUCACAGCCCCUGCUGACCUCUCCCUGUUGUUGCUUGACAAUCCCCUCCCUGCAACCGACACCACUCUUUGCGCGACUACCACCGCUGCUACUACUACCACUGCCACUGCGCCUCAUUCUCCUGCUGCCACCAUCGCCACGGCCACUACUGCUGCCAUUGCGUCUUCUUCUCCUUCUCCUGCUCCCGCCGCUGCUGCUGCUGCUGCUCCCGCCGCUGCUGCUGCUCCUUCCAUGGGUUCUCCUGGCCGCCUUCCCGGUCGUGAUGCCCUUCCUCGGCCCGCGUGCACUCCCCCUUGCCAGCAUCUAUCAGCGCGCUUCUUCUCCCACCACUCAUGCGAGCCAGAUCCGCCUGUAGAUCUAGAGGGCGUUCGUCUGCUAGACGUGGACCCGCAGGCGUGCUUACAGUCGUCGCACAGCGAUUCUGGCGGCGAUUCAAGUGGCGGCUACUUAAGUGCUGGCGAAUCACGCCGUGCUGGGGGGGUCGGGGGGGACGGGAAGAGGGAGGGGGACGAGGAGGGAGAGAGUGACGAGGUAGGGACGGGAAGCGGCGGGGUGGCAAGGGGGAAUCGCGGGUCAUUGUGGCAGCGGGAGGAGGGUGGGACGAAGGGGAAGGAAAGAGAGCAGGAGGGGAGUAGGAGACGUGCGAUGGUGUGGGUGGGAGGAGGCAGUGGGAGGAAGGGCGGCAGGAACGAGAGGCUGGUGUUGCUGCCGCAGAAGAGGCGGACGAGGAGGGAAAAGGGGCGGAGGAGAGGCGCGGAUGGGUGGGAUGCGGCAUGCGCGGAGGAGACAGUGGUGGGGAAGGGCGCGGGGAGGGGAUGUGCAAGGGCCCGAGUGCAUUCUGUGGCAGGGCAGCUGAAAGGGAGGCAAAUAUUAGCCCGGUUGUCACAGGCUGAACGGGCGGGUUUUGAUGGUGGGAGGCGGGCGAGGGUGGGACGGGAAGAGGAGGCGAAGGCAGGGCUUGUAGAGGUCAAGGCGGAGGCUGGAGAGUGCAGGGAUGGGGGCGGGGACUGUCGAGGGUUCUGGGUUUUGGGGAAGGAGGGUGGUCUUGUGAAGGAGGAGGGUGUGGGUUUAGCAGAGGUUGACACAGGAGUGGCGAUGGAAUCGUGUGGUUUGGCAGGAAAGGAGCAUGCUGGUUCGGGUGCGGAGCAGCAGCAUUGCGAAAUACUGCUGGAGCAGACGCGCAAGGGAGAGACACAGCCAUACUUACACGCCAGCCCAGAAGCAGAAGCCGCAGGGGAGACAAGCGUGGGGCGUGAAGGGACGUGCAGGCGAGACGCAGGGCCAAAACAAGAAGAAGCAUCGGAGCAGCAGGCUUCUAUCAAGCGAGGGCCUUAUGACUGCGGUGAUGCAUUUCCUGAUAGUGGGGAAACGAUUGGGGAGGGGAAGAGACUGGUUGCUAGUGGAACACAGCAACAGCAUGCUGGGGAGGAUUCACAAGGAGCGACAGGUGAAGGGGAGGGGGCGGUAAGCCAGGUGCUGUUACUGCCGGAGGCAUUAUCUGAUGCCGGAGCAAUGUGUGCUGCUGGGGCGCUGGCUCCUUGUGAUCCCAGGAGCUGCGUAGCCGCUGUGGCCACUUGUGCGGCUGCUAGUUCGAGUGGUGUGAGCAUCUGUCCCGCUGGUCCUGUCACUGCUGCCAAUACAGCAGCAGCAGCAGCAGUAGAAGGGGCGGGGUCGGCAGGGACGGCGGCAGCUGCAGAAGCGUUGGCUUGUGAAACAGAUGCAGUGGCGAUUGGGCCUGUGGUGGCAGCGCAACUGCGUGUGGUAGAAGGGGGCAAAGAAGGAGAGGGCGUGAAGGGAGACCAGAGCAAGCGGCUGCACGUGGAAGCUAGUGAAGUCGAGCAGGGGCGCGGAGCAGCAGUGCCUAUUAGCCUUCCCCUUGUGGUCGAAGCCUUGGGGGACCUUAUGGCCGAGGUUGUGGGUGACAGUGUGGGCGAGUCUGCUGGUGAGUCGCAGCAGUCUCUUGUGCCUCUGCAAUCCGCACAGGAGCUUGUAAUGGAGAAGAUGCGGCAGCACUCCUUGGCUUCUGCUCAUGCUGCUGCUACUAUGAACAAUGGCAAUGCACUCAAGGCGCUCAAAAGCAGGCCAGGGGCGGUUAAGGGUGUGGAGUGUGGUUGGGAGGAGAAAGGCGAGGCAUACGGGACGGAGGCAGGGGGUUCUGACACCCUUCAAUGCUGUUUACAAGGAGGGAAUUCUGGGGUGGCUGGGACCUCUGGGGUUGCUGAUGCUCCUAGUUUGGGUGCGAAGUGUGGAGUGGAUGGGGCUGCUGGUUUGGACGGGUUAUUUGCUCUGAGUGCUGCUGUUGAGGUGGCGCUAUGGGACUCGGACGAUGCGAUACCUGCCAGUCAUGCCAUGCACGGGCAUGCGAAUCAAGUGACACUGGCAUGUGCACACACACAUGCACAUACUCACCCAGACGCAUGUGCACCUGCACCUGCUCAUGCGCUUGAGUGGGCGCAAGAGGAAGAGGCAGCAGAUGCAGCGGCACAGGGGCAUGGGGGGGCGCGUGCACAUGAGCCUUGUAUCGGACCCUUGGAGGUUGAAGGCAGGGGCGGAGGUGCGCUUGUGCAUGGAUUGCUUGCAUGCGGGCUCGCUGCUGGGAUGACGGAUGGGUCUCCAGACCAGCAGACUGAAUGCAACCGUGCCCAUGGCCUGGGGAAUGCAUGGGAAGCGGGGGAUGCGAGGCAAGCUGGGGUAGGGGGGGAAGAACGUGAAGGAAACGGGUGUGUGGUUAGCUCGAGCAAGAAGGAACUAGAAAAGGGGGAAUCCGGUGAGGAGGGGUGUGUAGCAGUGGCGGUCCUAGAAAGCGAGGGGUUGGGAGGCAUAAGAGGAGGGGAUGAAGGGGAGGCUGUGGGGUCGAGAAUGCGAGUGUGGGAGGGCAAGGCUAGGGACUGCCGAGUGCAGGUGCGAGUGGGGUUCUUUCCAGAGUCACGGGUUGGGCCUUGCGCGGGGAGGUCUGCAGGGGAGAGUGGGGUCGAGGCUGUAGGAGUGGCUGAGAUGAGGGUUGGAGGUGAAGAGCUGGCGUUUGGUGAAACAGCAGGAGCAGCAGCGGGAGAGGGCGAUGUUGCGGGCAAGUUUGGUAGUGAUGAUGGUGGUGCAGGUGGGAGUGAUGGCAUGUGGAGUGCACGCACCCAUGUGCUCAUGGCGUGGGGAAAGCAAAAGGGGCGAUCAAGCGGGCACGCAUCGAAAGAGGUCAACAGGGAGGCAGGAGGAGAUGGGCUGAUGAUGCAAGUGGUGGUGGAAGGGAGUAGAGAGGAAGGCGUGUGGGUGCCUUGCAGGGUCGAAGGAGGGACGGGUGCUGCUGCUGUGACGGAGCUGGGAGGAGCAAGGCCAGAGGAGGUGCACACGCUACAGAGCCUCAAAGAUUUUGUUAGAGAUGCCCCUGCGGCAGGAGAAGCAGCGGCAGGAGGAGGAGGAGGAGGAGGAGGAGGAGGAGGAGGAGGAGGAGGAGGAGGAGGAGGAGGAGGCGGAGCAAUAGGAGAAGGAACAGCAGCAGGAGGAGCAGCAGGAGGAGAAGGGGUGAUUGAGCUCGAGCGGAAGAAACGAAGCAGUGGAGUGGAAGUGCCAGCUAUCCUGGGUGCUACCCAUGUGCAUGCUGAAGCACAGCUGGGGAUGCAGGAAGAGUGCAUACGUGCAGCAGAGGGGUCUGCUGCCCGCACCAGGCCCUUCCUCCCAUCGCAACGGAAAGCAGUAGGUCAAAGGAAAGUGGUGGCGGGGUUUGGAAUAGGAACGAGUGGGUUCAUGGAGGGCUUGGGUAGGAGGCGCAGUGGGGGAAGCUUCGGUGGGGGAGGGCGUGGGGGAAAGAUGGGGGGAGGAGAGUGUGGGGACGGUGAGAGUGGUGGUGCUGAAAUGGAAGAGGGCAGAGUAGGAAAUGGAGAGCGCUGUUGCAUGGGAAAGGGUGUUGGGGGACAGCGAGAGGUACACGAGGGUAAAGGGAAGGAGGUUGAGGCCCUGUACGCGUUGCCAGCCAUGGGAAAAGGCAUUGGGGGGGGUCGCACCACUGCUGCAAGCAGCAUGGAGCAGUGCUCGUUAAUUGAGUUGAAUGGCCUUGUAUGCAGUGAGGCUGAGUCGCCACUGGUGUGCUUGCAGCUACCCAGCACAGCAGCAGCAACCGUUCUAGGGAAAGCGGAGGAGGCAGAGGAAGCAGCAGGAACAGAAGGAGCAGUGGUAGCAGCUGGGGUGGGAGGCGGCAGUGUGAGUGGAGAUGGUGGAGAACGAGGAGGAGGAGGAGCGGGAGGGGCGGGAGGGGAGUGUAUCCGCAGGCAGAGGCUUACCAGGUGGAGAACAAGCAUUCAUGCCGCUGAGAAGCUCAACAAUAGCCCGGUCAAUCCUGUGCAUUGUUGGGACACAGUGCCGUUCAUUGAAGGCUGCAGCAACGGCAACAGAAAUUAA